AUGCGCCGAGCAUCCACUACGGCAAAGGCCAAGGCCAGUGCCUUGAGUUUGCUCGCCUUGGCUGCUCUAGUCCUACAGACUUCGGCAUCUACACCACGCUUGAAUCGCUUCGACGUCGAUCUCCAAGGCAGUGAACCCACCGUGCAGGAUGCGUUGCCCUUCUUCACAGACGACCUUUCAGCCUCCUAUUAUCCUAAUUUGCACAAGCGUCAAGCUCCAGGACCGACGGAAUCGCCAAGUACCGACACACAGCUCGCCAUCGUAGCUCAAUCUGGAACUGACCCAAUUGGUGCAGCUCAGGCAGUGGAACAGAUCCCCAACGUGUCCGGAAACGCCGCAGGCAAUCCGGACACAUCCGGGAACAUCCUGCAAGGAGAUGGCUACUACAAUUAUCCGUGGAACAACGCAACCUACUUUGCUCAAAAUGCUGACACCAAUGGCUCUGACACGGGAGGCUGGCAAGCGCUUCCCCCGGUCCCCGGCUUCACCUUGAACCGUACAUUCUCGGUAUACAACGUCUUCAACAACGAAUCCGGUGUGCUUCCUUUCUACAUCACCAACAAUCCUGACCCCACCAAGGUGCUUCGCGCCAUCGUCGUGUGGCCCGGUAAACCUCGCGACAUUUGGAAGUAUGCCAACCUCAUGAUGAACGCCCGAAGUGUCGCCGUAUCCUCCAACUUUGCCAAGCAAGGUGCCACCAACGACUCGUUCCUCAUCGUUGCGCCUGCCAUGAUGAACCAGAUGGACCUCCAAGCCGGUGCAGCUCACCCCACCGAGAUCGUCUUCCACGGCUCGAGCUGGCAGCGUGGUGCUCCCUGCGUCAACCCCGUCAUGAAGCACCGCGUCACCAGCUACGCCGCCGUAGACCAGAUCGUCGAUAUGCUCUUCAACAAGAAGACGUACCCCAACCUCAACUCGGUCGUCGUCGCUGGUCACUCGAUGGGUGGUCAGGCGGCUCAGCGAUACUCGCUCAUGAAGAAGACUAAAGCAUACGACGACAACAUGCGCUUCUGGAUCGGCAAUCCGGGUUCGUGGGCAUGGAUCUCUGAUACACGUCCCUACAUGAACGUCAACAAUACGUGCCAGCCGAAUGAGGCGUGGGACACCUGGCCGUACGGCCUCAACGGCAAUCAGUCCAAGCUCACCUCGUACGCGCGAAAAGAUGUGAUCGCCAACAAGACGUACGUCAUCGACCGCUUCCUCAACCGGCACGUCUCAUAUGCGCUGGCUCUGCUCGACAUCGGAGCCGGUGACACUCACUGUCCCGCUCGAUGGCAGGGAGGCAACCAUUUGGACCGAGGAUCCCAGUUCGUGCUGCAGUACGCGAACACCAGCUCGUUCUACUUGCAGGGCAAGUUCCCACCUAAACACACGCUCGACUACAUUGCCAACGUCUCGCACCAGGACUACGCCAUGUACUCGGCCAACCAGUCGAUCCAGCGUCUUUUUUACGACGAUCUGCUGGUUCGCUACCCGAACCUCACGAACACGACCAACCCGGGCGACAGGCCAAAGAAGCCCAAGGGUCAGAAGGCAUUCGCCACCCCGGCACACGAGAAGGUGGCCAUUGGCCUGCUGGCAGGCUCGCUCGGUCUUGUCUUUAUCGUCUUCACCGUGCUUCCCAUCAUCUUUACUGCGGAUCACGUCAAGGACGUCGAUACCUCGUGGGACGCUCAGAGCUACUUGAGCUCGGAGUCGAGGAGGAUGCUAGUGGACCGCAAGUGGUAG